AUGGGGUCGUCUCGUUGGACUUAUCGCCUCCAGGCGUCACUUGGGGCCAUCGCGACUCUUUACAACAAAUCCAAUGCCGCACCUGUAGCAGAGUCCGAGGUGGUUGUCUUGAGCAAGAAGCUCGCUUCAACCCCGUUUGAUGUCAUUGAUCCCCAGAACUGGGUCAACCCAGACAACAUGACUUGGGCAGAUUUUGUCUCGCCACCGGGAACCAACUGGAGCGAUCCCACGCGAAAAGGCUCGGAGCGAAACUUCAACAUUGCCCUGGUGACGAUUGACUACUCGGACCGGCCCUUUGUCGUCACGCAGCCCGCAGAGUCCACCAUUUACGGCAAUCCACUGCCGUUGGUAUCGGGGCUGACGCGAGACGAAGUGCCGGCCUACUACCGGGAUCUGCUAAACACGCCAAACGACUUGAACAACGGGCACACGCUACACGAAUACUGGAUGGGCGACUCGCACGGCCGAUAUGGCGUUGACCUGACCGUGUUUGGCGCCUACGAGAUGCCGUCUCUGGCAUACCAGUACGGCAUCUCGGCUGAUAUGAAUCUUGGUGGCUGUCCGGAAGCGGGAACGUGCAACCUCGACAUUCGCACGGAUGCGUUGGGACUGUGGCGCGCAGAUGUCGGCAACGAGACGGCUGACUCGUUUGAGCUCGUCUUUAUCCUCUCCGCCGGACAGGAUGAGUCGUCGACGUGGCAAGAGUUUGGCGAGAUGAAGUUCUUGACCAAGGAGGACGUUCCCGACGCGUUUGGUCCUCCCGAUGAGGCGGCCGCCAAUGCGACAAACUGGUCCAAGACGAGGUAUGUCGACUGGACAUCGUGGGCUGCAGCAUCCAACACCUGGCCAAAUGCGGGAGACGGAUCGUCGACUCAGGCUGAAAGCUCUGGCAUGUCUACAUAUGCUCACGAGCUCAGCCAUCUUCUCGAUAUCGGCGACAACUACAACAACCCGUACGGAGUACCGCUUCGCCGUGCCUACUCGGGCCCCUUCUCCAUGAUGGACCGAGGAAGUUUCAACGGGCCUGGAGGACCUCACUCUCGAUGGCAGAUUCCCGCUCUCCAGGGAGGGUCCAUGGGAUCUCUGCACACGGUCCGAGACAAGGCGCAGCUGGGGCUGAUUAGCAACACGACGAUUUUGCACCUCUCGCGCGAGGCGCUGGUGGACUCUGGGCUCAUCGUGGCCGAGGUGACGGCCCGCGCCGUCGUGACGGGCGAGGACGGCCUCAUUGGCCUGCGCGUCAACAUGGACGCCGACCUGUCGCCCAACUGCAGCGUCGCGACCGACGUGUUUUGCGACGGCGGCGGCUACGACCACUACCACGUCGAGGUCGUCGACCGCAUGGGCGCCGACUCGUUCCAGCCCGACCACGGCGUCAUGCUCAGCAAGACCAAGGAGCUGGACUCGCAGCCCUUUGUCUGGGUUAUCGAUGCGAACCCCCAGGAUAUCGAGUUGAUUGACUUUUACCGCCCCAACGGCACGGCGGCGUAUAUCACCUUGGGUGAUUAUCGCCAGCUUCUGGAUGCCCUGUUCCAUGCGGGCACGAGGUCUGGCAGCGAGUUUGAGUAUGUCGACGAAGCGAAUGAUUUGCACUUUUACAUUAUCAACAUUAACCGCGAUGAAACUGGUGUCCUUUCAUAUACCAUUGGAGUACGCUCAGUCACGGGUACAGCUGGACCCAGCACACACGGCGCAGCUCUCGAUGAAGGCACAGCACAAGGCGAGGAUGCCACGACCGACGGCCUCUUGUGCACGUUUUCAUUGACAAACAACGGAACCUAUGUUGAGAGCGAGAAUGGACACCCGGAUGAUGUCACGUCCUACCUUGACUCGGAUAUUUACCGCCUCAAUGCGACGGUUCAAGGAGAUGGAUGGACUGUACAAUUACCCAACGAACUUGUUACGGCCAAGUUUGGUGCCUCGGCCGAUGCCAAGGUAGCUGUCGCAGCAUCUUCAGAGGAUGCGGCUGAUUCCGCUGUAGUUACUUUGACGGCAACUUCAGAGUCUGACUCGUCCAUAGUUGCGACGGCGACGUGCCAAGUCCAAAAGUGA